CAAUCAGUCCUCUAUGGUUUCUACACUGUGUCCAACUUGUUUGCCCCGUGGGUGUGUUAUCGCGUUGGCUCGAAGUGGACUCUAUUUCUGGGCAGUUUGAUGUUUACCACUUAUCAAGCUGGAUUUUUCAUGCUAAACUCUUACUACUACUAUGCCUCACAAGCACUUAUGGGCAUCGGCUUUGCACCUAAUCAAAACAAUUCUCCAGUGUACUAUUCUGGACAAGGUCUGUAUAUGUCGGAACACUCGACCAAGGCCACAAUCACUAGAAAUUCCACUCUGAUCAGUGCAAUAGCAAACUGCAGGUUGGUUUCGCUUAUACGCGAAAUUGUAACGAAAGUUUUCAGUAUGCUCAUUGGAGGAAUUAUCUUGUUUGUCAUAUUCCACAUCAAACAAAAAAGUAAUGGUGAUGAUAUUGAUGGAGAUGAGGAUAAACCAAAUUAUCGGUAUAGUGUAGAUGUUAGCGCUCUCUUCCGAAUUUUUCGACUUUUUCCAGUGAUUUUACGAACAUUGAAAUUUAUAUGAUC